AUGAGAAUCGUGGUCUCCUGGGUGUGGAGAACAGGGCUUCCCGUCCGCUCAGCCGUACUUAAGCCACACGCCGGUCAGUUAGUACCUUUUUUGAUUCGUUGGGAAAUCGCCCCUUGCCGCCCUACUCUUCAGCCCCUUCAGGCUGUUCACCCUGAAUGCCCUGAAAACCACUAUUUUGCACCUGAUUACCCUGCACGUGCCUGA